GGGGGAGGAGACUGGGGUGGAGGAGGAGACUGCCGUGGAGGAGGAGGAGGUGGAGGACAGUGGGGAUGAGGUGUUGAAUGUGCUCAGCCUCAGGGCUCUGCUAGAGACUCUAGACACACAGCCUGAGGAAGAGGAGACAAAGGGGCUCAACCACACUACACACUGGGUUCCUAGGGGCGCGUGGCGGCAGCCUCGGGACCUUCACGAUGCCGUGGGCCUGGGAUUCCAGUGGGGCGGUUCCCAUAGCAACAGGGCCCUGCUCCGCUGUCUGGGGAUGGACACCAGAAACAUGUUGUUCACUGGUCAGAGAAAGCAGCCUGUCAUAGUUCCUGUGUUUGCAGCCAGCCUGGGAAUGUUAGAGCCCACCAAAGAGCCACUGAGACCAGCUUCAACUGCGGAGAAGACUGCUGCCACAGCACAAGCACUUCCUGGGUCACAGGAAACCACCACCACCUCGUCAAUACAGCAGGGGGCCCCCCAGCCUUGGUCCCAGUUUGACUGGAGCAGCAGUGGCCUUGGCAUCAACCGUCUGGAUGAGCUAGACAGUGACACCAGCAGCCGUCCAGCUGACACCCUGAACCACCUCAUGUCUACUAUGGAGAACACCACCACCACCUCCACCAGGAAACCCCAUAGGGAUGAGGAGGACCAGCUGAGUGAGGAGGCAGCCAGGGUGAUCUGUGGGCUGGCUGACCUGUCCUUCAUGAAGGCUAUGGUCCUAAUGUUCCCCAUCACCCUCACACCAGCCGCUGGCUCUGGUACACUGCUAGAGUGAUGCACACAUGGAUGGAUGCACACACACACAAACACAGAAGACUUGUCCGCUUCAAAGCUAGAUUGAACAUUAAUGCAAAGUCAAAAUGUUGAUAAUCAGUAAUAUGGUGAAAUAGUUAGUCUUUUGUGCUGAAUGUAUUGAUGUAUUUAUGUUGUGACACAGUGGUUGAGGUCUAAGACUGAUCCACACUUACCUCCAGUCAUCUGCCUCGUUCCUCCAGUGGUCUUAGAUCAAUUUCCUGUUUCCCUUUUCAAGAUGGUGAUUUUAUCUUCAUGUAUUUAUUCUUAAUGUGUGUAUAGUUAUUCAUGUGAAUUCAUC